GACCCAUACAUUGAUGGCCUGGAUCAUUUAUGCAUGGAUUUAUUUUACUUUCUCACAAGAGUAUCUGUCAGCAAACACUUGCAAAACAUGCAACAACAUGAGAAUGUGUAACUGCUCUGCACUGGCAUUUAAGACUGUUCCUAUUAUAUGGAUACCAGAAGUAGUUCAUCUUGAUCUGUCCUACAAUCAUAUAAAGGUUAUUGAAGAAAUGGACUUCAACAAAUACAAACAACUCAAAAAACUUUUUUUGCAAAAUAACAUGAUUCAGUCAAUACAUGAAAAUGCCUUCAACCUCCUAAAAGAACUAACACAUUUGGAUUUAUCAAAUAAUUUUCUUUCUGAUUUGACCCCUGCUUGGUUUAGCUCCCUUUUAUCACUGCAGUACUUUAAUAUUUUGGGGAACCAUUAUAGUAGUUUUGGACCAGGCAAACUAUUUGCUAGACUUCGUAAUCUGAAACAUCUGAAGUGUGGUAAUCCUGCAUUAGACUUGGUGAAAACAGUUGACUUUGAUGGACUCUCUUCAGUGGAUGAACUUGAAUUUAUGUCUUCAAAUUUGCAGCUGUACGAAAAAGGAAGUUUUGGGAUUAUAGGCAACAUCACACAUUUCAUCAUCACUGAAAAGAUGUCUAACAAAAUUAUCUUAUCAGAAAUAAUAAGUGAUCUGAGAGAGAACACCAUAUGGUUUGAAAUGCGUAAUAUGUCAUUAAGUAAUGAUUUGGAUAUCACUGACCUGCCAAGUUUCAGUGACUACAGACUGGAAAAAAUGUCUUUUAAGCAUGUAACUUUCACAGUUAUUAAUUUGGUUACAGUCUCAAGCAAAAUGACUGGCUCCUCAGUCACUGAACUGGAGGCGGAAGACUGCAUUCUUAAUGGAAACGGGCAGUGGGAUUACUCUCCUCUAGUGAUUUCAGUCAGGAAAAUAACAGUGAAAAAUCUCUUCAUCACUCACUUCCAAAAAUUCCCUUCUCUGGAAUAUAUAGGUGCAGCUCUGAAUUUUCUUGAAAAUGUGACAAUUAUCAACAGCAUGAUUUUUCUGCUCCCUUGCAAUAUUGUUAAACUAUUUAAACAAUUAAAAUACUUGGAUCUAAGCGACAAUUUGCUUGGUGACCGUGCUUUAGAAGAAUUUGUCUGUGAAGGAGCUUUCCCCUCGCUUCGGGUAUUAAAUAUAAGCAGAAAUUAUUUGCAUUCUUUCCCUGCAAUUACAGCUAUGAGUGUUGCUAUUUCUACUCUUACUGUUCUAGAUGUAAGCCACAAUAACUUGGAUGACCUUCCGAAGAACUGCACAUGGUCUCCUCAUCUUAUAGCAUUAAAUCUCUCUGCAACUAGUCUUAAAAGGCUAACAAUGUGCAUUCCACAGACUCUGCAAAUCCUGGAUGUCAGUAACAACCAGCUCAGUAACUUUAAUCUCAACCUUCCUCACCUUAGACAGCUUUACUUAUCUAAAAACAACCUGAUGAACAUUCCUGAUGCCAGUUCUUUCCCUAAUUUGUAUAUCCUGAAAAUCAGCUUCAACAAACUCAGUACUAUACAAAAAGAGAGCUUUUUAGCAUUGAGGAAACUCAAGUCACUUGAGGCUGGAAACAACAAAUAUGUAUGUUCUUGUGAGUUUUUGUCAUUUGCCAGUAACCAUAAUGGCUUUACUACAAAACUUAUAGGUUGGCCAGAGGAGUAUAAAUGUGACUCCCCAGAUGCUUUAAGGGAUACAUUGGUUCAAAAAGCUGCAUUAUCCUUACUGGAAUGCCACAGACAAUUAACAAUCUCAGUGAUGUGCAUUGUCAUUUUUUUGUCAAUAAUCACAAUGGUUACCCUAUGCUACAAAUAUCAUGGACUAUGGUACAUUAGAAUGAUCUGGGCAUGGCUUCAGGCUAAAAGAAAACCAAGCAAGAUAGUAAACAAAGAAAUUUGUUAUGACACCUUUGUAUCUUACAGUGAACAUGAUGCAGAAUGGGUUGAAAAUUUCUUGGUGAAGGAGUUAGAAAAUUCUUGUCCGCCCUUCAGACUUUGCCUUCACAAGCGUGACUUUGUUCCAGGAAAAUGGAUAGUUGACAACAUUAUUGAAGCAAUAGAGAAAAGCCACAAAACUCUGUUUGUGCUAUCAAAGCACUUUGUUCAGAGUGAGUGGUGUAAGUAUGAGCUAGAUUUUUCCCACCUCCGACUCUUUGAUGAAAAGAAUGAUUCUGCCAUCUUAAUUGUUCUGGAGCCGAUACAAAAGGAAACCCUACCAAAGAGAUUCUGCAGGUUAAGAAAGCUAAUGAAUACAAAAACAUAUCUUGAGUGGCCUGACAAUGAAGAUGAGCAGUGUCUGUUCUGGUUUAACUUAAAAGUAGCUCUCAAACUUAAUACUCCAUAAGUACAGAUGCUGGUUACAUAUAGUCAUGAAAUGAUUACUCAGCACAGACAGAUGCCAGUUCACUGUCUUCCAAUGCAUUUCUCUGUUUCCUGCUUUGUUUCUCUGUGUCAUUUGAGUUUGGUAUCAUUAGGCAAAUAAUGUUCUUGUUCGGAAAAUUUUUUACCAUGGACUUAGAUUUUUUCUUUCUUUCCUGGAUUGUCUGAAACUUCAUGCAGUGAAAACAGAGAUUGUUCAGGCAACAAAGACAACAACCAUGCUGGAGUCAACGAACUUGGAACCAAACACAAAACUUGAAGCAAAACCAGUUUC